UAUUCUGCAUGCCUUUCUCCCACACCUCUUUUAAAUAUUUGCUUUAAAGUCACCUUCUUAUCUUUUGCCUUGUUGCACUCCUGAAGGCAAAAUGGAUCACAAGCAGCUCUACUGGAGCCACCCACAGAAAUCUGGCCAGAGUUCUCGCUCUUGUUGCAUCUGCUCAAACCAGCAUGGUCUGAUCUGGAAAUAUAGCCUCAAUAUGUGCCUCCAGUGUUGCCAUCAGUACGUGAAGGAUAUAGGUUUCAUUAAAUUGGACUAAGUGAUCUUCCUUGAAUGGAUUAUCCAAGGCAUCCACACAAUGAAAAAUCAUAUUAGCUGUUUGCACAUAAAAUAAAAAUGAAGAAAAUGAAGUCA